GAUGUCCGACCUCCUCUGACUCGGAAGUCAGCUCUUACCCCCAAAGCCCUGCCCGGUGCCCCUCCCUACGCCCUGGUUGUGAUAUAAACAGUGCUCUUCCCUAUUAAAUUUGCUCUCUCAGCUCUAGUCUGCAUUACAAUAAUAUGGUUGCAUGUAGGUGAAUAGAUUGAGAUGGCUAGAUUAAGGCUCAACACACCGAGCUUCCACUGGAGGAGCAGCUGUCUGUCUGUCCACUGCUGUACUGGCAGGAGAAAGGAUGAACAAGUGAAGCCUAAGGCAACUCCAUUGCCCUGGGGGAAAAUGAUCGUUAUUUGCUCGGCUCUCUUCGUGAGUCAGUUUGGAAUCUACCUAUUAUUUCCUUUCCUGCCGUACAUGAUACAUGACUUCUUCCCUGAAUUGGAUAGAACACAAAUUGGUCAAAAGGCUGGCUAUCUCGGGUGUGCCUAUUUUGUUGGGAACUUUAUUGGCAGCUUGUUUUGGGGCUGGGUAUCAGAUAUUGCCGGAAGGAGACCUGCUCUACUGAUUGGAAUGUGUGGAAUCAUUGCUUCCGAGAUUUUUUUUGCCUUCAGUCAGAACUUUGCAUGGGCUCUGGCUGCACGUUUCCUUUGGGGGGCCUUGAAUGGAAAUAUUGGAGUCGGAAAGACUUAUAUUUCAGACAUCUGUGAUGAUACCAAUCAGGCCAGGGGCUUUGCACUGGUGGGGUUACCAAGAGGAAUUGGACAACUACUGGGCUCGCUAAUGGGAGGGUUCCUGGCCCAACCAGCCAGCAAGUACACUGCUCUCCAGUUUGAGAUAUUCUGUCAGUAUCCCUACUCUCUGCCCGUGUUGGUGGGGGUAUUCCUUGGUUUUAUCUCUCUCUCUUCUACAUGGCUUUUUAUGGACGAAACGCUUCACAAGAAAAAGAAGCACUCCACUUUUAGUGAUGACUCUGAUAUUGACCUGGUGUCAGCUGAUCCUCCCGGCCAAGAGUCUGACACUGAGAUGGUGGACUUGAUGAAAGACGGUCAGAGUGAAGACGCUAUCGACAGGCAACCUCUGUUGAUGGCUGAGAGCGAUAUGGACACUGAUGACCAUGAUAUGGUAAGCUCAGACACAGAGCUGUUAGUGAGAGAGAGACGACCUCGAACCAAGUGCCCCCGUCCACCAUCUUGUAACCCUCUCUACCCAUGCAUCAAGUUCAAGGAGAGAGUCACUGACUGUGUUGCCAUACCAAUAGCCAUGUACAGAUAUUUGUUGAACUAUCGUAAGAGAGGCUCCUGGUCGCCACAAGAGACAUUCAGUGGUAAGAAUGUAUCGAGGUUUGCGAAACGCAUGUGUGGAGGAUUGAAACAAAGAGUCAAGUUAAUGGCUGAUAGACGAGUGUUCUUCUCCACUCUCAUGUACGGUAUCUUUGCCUUCAUCGGAAUUAUGAGUUUGGAAUUGAUCCCGUUGUUACUGGUGACCAAACACAAGGAUGGUGGUUAUUCUUUGGACGAUAAUGAGCUGGGUAUUGUUUUCAUGGUCUCAGCUGUCAUUCAACUGCUGUACCAUCUCUUUCUUUUUCCACUCGUGACUAAGUGGGCUGGAUUCAGGAACACGUUCAGACUAGGUGUAGUCACAUUUGGACUCAUGGUAUUCCUCCUCCCAUUCUCCAAUCGGAUCACAGGACCCAUCGUGCCUAGCAACAGCUCUGUCUAUGACAACAGCACAUACAGUGGAAUAAAUCUAUUUGAAGAAGAGACUGAAAACUUCUGUAACUACACUCAAAUAGGGAACUCUAGCUUUGAUUCUUCUGUUAAUGUCAACUCUGUUUUUAGGGUCCCUUUUCAGACUUGGUUUGUGCUCAUCUCCAUCGUAACAGUGAUCACCAUAGGCAGAAUCACCAGCAUCACUGCCACCAUGAUCCUCAUCAAUAACUCCUCUCUGCCCAGCAGUAAGGGGAUGGUGAAUGGAAUCGGCCAGGCUCUGGCUGCCGUGGGGAAUUCCAUAGGACCCGUGGCCAGUGCUCCAAUCUUUGCAUGGAGCGAGAAAACAGGUCUCAGCUGGCCACUGAAUUUCCACUUUAUGUUCGAUCUGAUGAUGAUCUCAGCCGCUUUAAUCUUUGCACUCAGUUUCUUCCUACCCAAAUCAAUAGAGUACAGGAGAGAACUACCACCCCCCGAACCAUCAGCUACCCCUGAGAUAUCAACCCCUGAACCAUCAGCUACCCCUCCUCCAGAUAUUGAGAUACCAAUCCCUGAACCAUCCGCCACCCCUCCUCCAGAUAUUGAGAUACUAACCCCUGAACCAUCAGCUACCCCUCCUCCAGAUAUUGAGAUACUAACCCCUGAACCAUCAGCUACCCCUCCUCCCGAUAUUGAGAUACUAACCCCUGAACCAUCAGCUACCCCUCCUCCAGAUAUUGAUACUAACCCCUGAACCAUCAGCUACCCCUCCUCCAGAUAUUGAGAUAAGGCAAGAGCACAGAACUGGUUUAGACUUUCCAAAUGACCAUUUGGGGAACAACAAAUUAUUAGCUGGAUGGUGAGCUCACCAUCAUACAUUUAGCGAUAUCAGAUGAAAUGUUAAUCUGUUUUUGAUACUGAUUUCAGUUCAACCCAAUCUAAAA